AUAUAGUCCCCUCCUUUCUUCUUCCUCCUCCACCUUCCCUAUUCACUUAGCUUAACCCACAAGUUAGAACAAUAUCAAACCCUAAAGAUGGAACUUGACAUUGCAGUGGAUUUCGAGGAUUACUUCCCGUCGAUGAUGGAGAGUCUAGGAGCGGAAGGGUUCAUAGGGGAGCUUUGCAACGGGUUCCGGCUGUUGAUGGACUGCGAAAGAGGAUUGAUCACGUUCGAGAGCUUGAAGAAGAAUAGCAUUAUGUUGGGGUUGCAUGACAUGAGGGACGAUGAAAUUAUUUGCAUGUUGAGCGAAGGGGAUUUAGAUGGAGAUGGUGCUUUGAACCAGGUUGAGUUUUGUAUUCUCAUGCUUAGGUUAAGCCCUGGGUUAAUGGAUAACAACGGAUCAACACAAUGGGUGGAAGAAUAUGAUGUUAUAUAAUAUUAUAUAUUUUUGUAAAUUAGCUUUCCUUGCUCAUAAUUUAAUUUCAUGUUUUUGAUAAAUUGUCGAAGUAUUAGAGAAUUGCAAUUUGAUCAAUGGAAUCAAAACCUUCUGCUUGGAGAAGAAAUAAAUAAUUAAUUAACGUUUUUAAA